GUUACUUUUGUGCGCCUCCGUGAACCACAUGCGGCGUGAUGCAGCCUUUAAUCGUACUCCUUGAGAAUCAGUAAAAAAAAGCCUCGUUUGCUACAAUUUGUCGUAUUGACACUUGCUUUAUGUCAGUGGAGCGACAAUUCUUAGGCAAGAAUUUCACUUUGUGGAACUUAUAAGUUGUCAGUGCAUCCAAGUAUAUCAUAAAAAGAAGAUAAUGGCUGAUGUACCGGCAGAAGCACCAGAACAUUGCCCUGGAACUCAAAGUGAAGAUGCAGGAAAAGUGUCAGCCUGUCAGGGUUGCCCUAAUCAAGCAAUUUGUUCUUCGGGUGCUGCUAGGGAACCUGACCCAGGAAUUGCAGAAGUGCAAGUGAGGCUUGCAACUGUGAAACACAAAAUUUUGGUGUUGUCUGGAAAAGGUGGUGUUGGGAAAACUACAUUUUCUUCUCUAUUGAGCAGAGGACUUGCUCUUAAUAAUUCUGAAAAAAAUGUUAGUAUCCCCAUGAUAUUAAGAAAUUAAUCAGUCUUUUUUAUGUGACUGAAACAUAUUUUUAUUUAUCUAUUGUCUUUAUUUUGCAAUAUCCAGGGGCUAAAACAGACAUGAAAGAUUGUAAUAAAUUCCAUUGUUAAUUGAUGAUGUGCAUUGAGUAAAUGCCAGUAAGGCAAGUGAAGUGACCCCUUUCUUUCUGAAAAUAUUACAAGGUGUAAAUGACUGUUUUGUCUCAGGUAAUGGGGGCCCUUGCCUUAUCUCCAUGUGGCAUGGUGAGUUAAUAACACUCGGGGCAAUUAUGAAGUUCCUCCAUUCCCUCUCUCUAAAGUAUAGCUGGGAAUGGGUGAGUCUUGUUUCUUUCACUCCAAUCUUCCCAUCUUCAGACCAACAGACAGUGCUUCAUGUAGCAUAACUUAAACCGUGUAUUAACUUAAAUCUAAGUGAAUAUCCAGUAAAAAAAAUGCUAAAAAACCAGUGUGGUUCAAAAUUCAGAAAAUCCUAGAUUUAAGAGAAAUUAAUUUAAUGUACUUUGUACAGAGAAACCGCAUUGAAGUUACAAGCUGGUUUCAAAGAAAAUAUCUAUCAUACAAGUUAAUGGUGAGAGGAUUUUAAAGUUAGUGUUCUUUUCAUACUAGGUAGCCAUCCUGGACUUGGACAUAUGUGGUCCAUCCGUUCCCAGAGUGAUGGGUGCAUUAGGUGAACAGGUGCAUCAAAGUGGAUCAGGAUGGUCACCAGUGUAUGUGGAUGAUAACUUGGCAGUGAUGUCUGUUGGAUUUCUCCUUAGUAAUCCUGAUUCUGCUGUUAUUUGGAGGGGACCAAAGAAAAAUGGACUCAUUCGACAGUUUCUUAGUUCAGUGGACUGGGGUGAAUUGGAAUACUUAAUAAUAGAUACACCUCCAGGAACAUCAGAUGAACAUCUUUCUGCAGCCCAGUAUCUCAGUGGAGCAGGUGUAACUGGUGCUGUGCUAGUCACAACCCCACAAGAAGUCUCCCUACUUGAUGUACGCAAAGAAGUUGACUUUUGUCGAAAGGUGAAAAUACCAAUUAUUGGAGUGGUUGAGAAUAUGUCCUCAUUUGUAUGUCCUAAAUGCAAAUUUAAUUCCGAUAUAUUUCCGGCUGAAACUGGAGGAGCUAUCAAAAUGUGUGAGGAAUUGGAUGUCCCGUUCUUGGGGAAAUUACCUUUGGAUCCACAACUGGCCAGAGCUUGUGAUGAAGGCCGCAACUUCCUUUCUGAAUUGCCUGACACACCUACAAGUCAAGAAUUUUCAAAACUUCUCAAAAGAAUUGAAGAAGAAUGCCAGAAGCAGACUUGAAAUCAACAUUAAAUCCUGAAUGAAUUAUGUUAUUUCAACAAUAAUAAUGUAUUGUAUAAAUCUGUGUAAAGUUUCAAAAACAAAAUAUUUUUAUGAAUAUAAUAAAGACAAAAAGUAUCAAAAA